AUCGCUAUCAUCGGGCGCAACCAUCGAUUACUCAUACUUAUCGCUUGGCAGCUGCCAUCGCCAGACAGAAACAAGGAAAGGAAAGAAAGCACUCGAAGUGAUUUUAACAUCAGAUCUAUAGUAAACGCAAAAGUGCCACAGAGAACGAAACAUCCGAGCGCAGCCAAACGCAGAAGAAGAAACGCCAGCGAGACGAGGACGCCAAGAUGAUUAAACUAUUCACGCUGAAGCAGCAGAAGAAAGACGGCGAACAAAAGGGCAGUCAGCAGAAGAAAUCCUCCGCUGCCCAGCUGCGCAUCCAGAAAGAUAUUAACGAACUGAACCUGCCAAACACUUGCGCCACAGACUUUCCCGAUCCCGAUGACUUGCUCAACUUUAAGCUGAUCAUCUCGCCCGACGAGGGCUUCUACAGAGACGGGCGCUUCGUGUUCAACUUCCGCGUCGGAUCCAAUUAUCCGCACGAGCCGCCCAAGGUGAAGUGCGCCACCCAGGUGUACCAUCCCAACAUCGACCUGGAGGGCAACGUCUGCCUUAACAUUCUGCGCGAGGACUGGAACCCAGUGCUGAACAUCAACUCCAUCGUCUAUGGCUUGCAGUUUUUAUUUUUGGAACCCAAUCCCGAGGAUCCGCUCAACAAAGAGGCGGCCGACGUCCUGCAGACCAACCGCCGCCAAUUCGAGAGCAAUGUGAAAAAGGCGAUGCGCGGCGGCUGUGUGGGCGAGACCUACUUCGAGUGCUGUCUGCUCAAGUGAUAUAGGGAAUCCGGUCUCUUACUUUAAGCCUGCCCAUACACCCCUCCCUACACCCGCUAACUGGAGAAGAUGAUGAUGAUGAUGAUGAUGCAAACACGGACGAAAAUCGGCGACAACAAAUUAUUGUAAUAAACGAAAGCAAAAUCCACUGCGUGCGAAGAAGUAGCCGAGUCGAGUCACCAAUUUCUAGUUUUUAAUACAAUUCAUUUAGCAAUUU